AUGACAACCCUAGAUGACAAGUUGCUGGGAGAGAAGCUACAAUAUUACUAUAGCAGCAGCGAGGAGGAGGACAGUGACCACGAGGACAAAGAUGGAGGCAGGGGUGCUCUGGCUGGUGGCUCUAUGACUGCGGAUGCCGAGGGGACUGGGGAAGGCAUCUCAGUGAACACAGGUCCAAAAGGUGUGAUCAAUGACUGGCGCCGCUUUAAGCAGCUGGAGACAGAACAGAGGGAAGAGCAAUGUCGGGAGAUGGAACGGCUUAUCAAGAAGCUCUCAAUGACCUGCAGGUCCCAUCUGGAUGAAGAGGAGGAGCAGCAGAAGCAGCAGGACCUCCAGGAGAAGCUCAGUGGGAAGAUGACCCUGAAGGAGUUUACCAGGAUGAACAAAGACCAAGAUGAUGAAGAGUUUCUGCAGCAGUACCGGAAGCAGAGGAUGGAGGAGAUGCGGCAGCAGCUUCACCGAGGGCCCCAGUUCAAGCAGGUUUUUGAGAUCCCCACUGGUGAAGCCUUUCUAGACAUGAUUGAUAAAGAACAGAGAAGCACGCUCAUCAUGGUCCAUAUUUAUGAGGAUGGCAUCCUGGGAACCGAAGCCAUGAAUGGCUGUAUGAUCUGCCUGGCUGCUGAGUACCCGGCUGUCAAAUUCUGCCGCGUGAGGAGCUCUGUGAUCGGUGCCAGCAGUCGGUUCACCAGGAAUGCCCUCCCAGCCCUGCUCAUCUACAAGGGAGGUGAACUCAUUGGCAAUUUUGUUCGUGUCACCGACCAACUAGGGGACGAUUUUUUUGCUGUGGACCUUGAAGCUUUCCUGCAGGAGUUUGGAUUGCUUCCCGAAAAGGAAGUCUUGGUGUUGACAUCUGUGCGUGACUCUGCCGCUUGUCACAGUGAGGAUAGUGACUUGGAAAUAGAUUGAAUUGAGAGUCCAGUUGCAGAGUGCUAGAAAACUAUGUA